CCGCAGGGACCGCCGCAGGCUGGGGCGGGCGGGGCAGGUGCGGCGGUGCCCGCGACCCGAGCCGCGUCCGGGCGCCGCGUCCCCGCUGCUGCGGCCUCUCGGCCAUGGGCGCCGUCUGGUCCGCCCUGCUGGUGGGGGGCGGCCUGGCCGGGGCGAUUUUCGUCUGGCUGCUGCGGGACGCGGCGACGGAGGGCGACCCGGCGCAGAAGGACGGCGCUGCGGGGGACGCCGCGGCUCCGGGGCCCUCCGGGCGGGAGCUGGCCGCCACGCCAGAGCAUCUUCAAGAAAGCAAUGGAUGUUUGGUUUCAGAGACCAAAGGCCAUGGUAACUUGCAGGAAGCAGCAUGGAGACUACAGAGUCCUUCUGGAAAAGACAGUGGUUGCAACAGUUCAAGAGAGCAUGUUCCUUCUGGAGGGUUUCCAGCCACAGAAUCUCUAGCUACAUCUGAGACUGGUAACUCUCGGGGUUACUCUGAAGUUUCAAGAAAUGAAAGCCUUGAAUCUGCUAUAAGAGAAUGGGGAUUCCAGAAAGGACAAGAGACACUUGCUAAUGUAGCUUCCUGUUUUGCAGAAAAGUUGUAUUCUAGCAACCUGGUCAUUGACAGAGCGAAAGAAGUGAGCCUUGCACAGCUGAGCAAUCAGGACCGGGCUGACAAUGAGGACUGGGAAAUGGUGUCGAGGCACUCAUCCUGGGGAGAUGCUGCUUUGGGUGGCAGCCUUGAGGCUCCAGUGGUAAGCCCAAACCAGGAAAUGGACUGUGGCAGAAGCACUCUUGUGGAACCAAGAGGUCAGGAAGCGGAUGUGAAACGGAAAAAGGUGGUAGCGGUGGUUACGGGGUCCCAGCAAGUUAGCAUCAGGUUCCAGAUCCAUUAUAUCACAAGCACUGGUAAGCAAUGUAUUGCAAUCACUGGAGAUCACAAGAGUCUUGGAAGGUGGAAUACCUACCUCCCACUCCAGUAUAGCAAGGAUGGGUUCUGGUGUCGUUCUGUGUCCCUGCCUGCAGAUAUAGUGGUGGAAUGGAAGUUUGUAGUCGUAGAAAAUGGGGAGAUUACCCGCUGGGAAGAAUGUAGCAAUAGGUUCCUGGAGACUGGCGGUGAGGAUAAAGUGGUACAAAAGUGGUGGGGGAUUCCCUGAUUGUUUUCAAAGUAGUGGAGAAGCUGUUGUAGAAUCUGGAAAAGGUUAAGUUUGUGGAGCACACUGAAUAAUUUUAAAUAAAGUAGAACUCCAAAUUUA